AUGUCAGCUCAUAGAUUACAGUGUUAUGCUAUAUUUUUAUCUGGUUAUACAUACAAAAUAGAAUUUAUUAGAGGUAUAGAGAAUAGUAAUGCAGAUGCUUUAUCAAGAUUGCCUUUAAGUGUUACUGGUAGUAACGAUUUAGAGUGUGAUAAUUUUUUUAUUUAUAUGGUAACUACAAAUAUUAAGUCUAUUGGGGAUUUAGAUAUUUGUAAUGAAAUCAAAAAAGAUGUGAUUUUGCGUGAUGUAUUUAUUAAAGUAUUUACUGGAAAUUGGCCAAAUAAAAGUAAAGAUGUUUCAAUAGAUCUUAAACCAUAUUAUAGUAGGAGACUAGAAUUUUCUAUUGAGCAGGGUUGCUUAAUGUGGGGACAUAGAUUAAUUAUUCCUCCUAAGUAUAGGAAACAGUUAUUACAGGAAUUGCAUAGUACUCACUUGGGAACAGUUAAAAUGAAAGCUUUAGCUAGAUCAUAUAUAUGGUGGCCAGGUAUUGACUCUGAAAUUGAAGGUAUUACUAAAGGGUGUAAAGAAUGUUUAAUUUUUAGUGAUAGCCCACCUAAGAGUGUGUUACAUAAUUGGCCUUGGCCUGAAGGUCCAGCACAAAGACUUCAUUUAGAUUUUUUAGGACCUGUUAAAGGUAUGAUGUUCAUAGUUAUUUUGGAUGCAUAUUCUAAGUGGGUUUUUGUGAAAAGAAUGUUAAAUAUAACAUCUAAUUCUACUAUUAUGGUAUUAAGAGAGUAUUUUGCAACUUGGGGUAUACCUACAAAAUUGGUAUCUGAUAAUGGCCCUUCUUUAUGUUCUGCGGAGUUUGAUAGUUUUCUUAAAAACAAUGGUGUUUUUCAUAUAAAAACUGCUCCGUUAACACCUUUUGCUAAGCUUAAUUAUGAAAAAAGUUUAGAUAAGAACAAAAAUUGGUACAGAGGUGGUAGGAAUAAAGAGUGUAUUGUUGGUGAUUUAGUAAUGUGUAGAAAUUAUACUGGAGGUAAUGAUUGGGUACUAGCAGUUGUAACACAGAAAUUAUCUCCUGUUACUUAUGAUUUGAGAUCGGGUGAUGGUAGAAUUUGGAAGAGAUAUGUGAAUCAGAUGAUAGAUUGUGGUUUAGUUAAUGACAAAGAGGGUAGUACAGAUCUAAACGUUAAUUUGAAGCAAAAUGAGACAAUUGAAAACAAAUUGGAGGUAGCUGAAGAGUUAGAUAAGAGUGUAUUAGUUUCUCAAGAGGAUAGUGUGUCAACUAAGGAUGAGGAUAAUGAUGUUAGUAAUAAAAGACCUAAGCGAGUAAUACGUCCACCAAAUAAACUUAAUUUGUAA